AUGAGUACUCUAAGUUGGAAUUGUCGUGGGCUUGGGAACCCACGGGCCCGACAAUUCCUAGAGAACAUUGUUGUUCAAAAGAAACCCAACUUUCUUUUCUUGUGUGAGACUUUGUGUAGAAAAGAUACUAUUGAAAGGCUUAGAAUUAAACUGGGCUUUGAAGGAGCCUACUGUGUUGAUGUCCAAGGUCACAAGGGUGGUAUUGCAAUGUUGUGGCGUUACAGUGAUGGUGUGCGAUUGCUGGGCUUCUCUAACAGCCACAUUGACAUUGAAGUCGUCUCUCUCAACCUCACUCCUUGGCGUUUAACUGGUUUCUACGGCGAGCCUAAUCGAAGUCUUCGAUUCAAAUCUUGGCAAUUAAUUACCACUCUCUCUACUGAAUCUCAACUUCCUUGGUGUAUCAUAGGCGAUAUUAAUAAUGUUGGUAAUCAAAAUGAAAAAAAGGGAGGCAGACCUUACCCUUCUUCACUCAUAGAAGGUUUUCAACAUGUUUUACAAAGCUGCGAUUUGGUGGAUAUGGAGCUAAAAGGUCAUCCCUACACCUGGGAACGUGGCAAGGGAUCUGAAAACUGGGUUGAGAUUCGUCUCGACAAGGCACUGGUCACUCAUCCCUGGCUUGACACAUUUCCAAAUGCAGUCCUUACUAAUGGUGAUGUCUCUUCUUCUGAUCACACACCUAUAUUUCUUGAGCCUGCCCCUGCUAUUUCAACUGUUCCUGUUCAUCUCUUUCGCUUUGAAAAUGCCUGGACAAGGGAACCCAUAUGUGCUCAAAUUUUUUCAAUCCUGCUGGGAUUCGAAUACGCAUCUGCCACUUCAAGAAAAGAUCAACAUAUGCAGCAAACUUCUUGGCGAUUGGGGGAGAAGCUUAACCUCUGA